CUUUCUUGGUACCUCUUCCUACCAAGACUGAGUCAGCCUUUGAAGCAAAGGAAGAGUGCAGGGCAGUGUUUGUUGACUUUUUUUCCUACGGCUCAUGACGCAGUAUGACGCAGCAGUAGGGUGUUGAAGCACCAUUAUUUAAAAUAUCUGCAGCUUGCAUACCUUAGAGGAGAUUUUGUCCAGUAGAUGUACUUGUUCCUUCUGAACAGUAGAUGGAGUUGCACAUGUGCACUGAAGAAUGGCUCUUCCAAGAACUCUAUACUUGCUCCUGUUUUGCUCAGUUUUGUGUGUUGUUGAUCUGCUUAUAACAAGGAGCUCAAAGUAGUUGGAAGCAAUGGAGAUAAUGGCCUCCUGUGACCUUACAGUUCUGAAAAAAAUGUUAUCAUCAAUGGUGCCUGCCACUCAAUAAGGAGAAAGCUGUCUUCUUGGUGUUAUACUUGAAUAAUCAUCAUGCAGCAUGUUAACUUCUUGCAUACUACCACGAUGGUAAAGACACUUUCUCUGUCACCAAUCUGGGAAUUCAGUUCAAUAGGAUGUUAGGCAGCAUACAGAAAAAGUUCAGGAAAAACAGCUGCAUAAGUGAACCUCUUUCAUAGGGUUUUUUUAUUUAGAAGGAAUCUGAUCAUGUGGGACAUGCACACCAAGAGUGGAACACAUGUUGAAGGAUCACAUGGUUCUGAGCAGUAACAGUGAAAAGAAUAGGUUAUUACUCAGUUUGCUGCUUGAUAAUACUAUCCAGAGGAACUGGAACUGACUUGGAAAGACUGGCUAUGCUGAACUAUGCUUGUUUUAGAAGAAUUUUCUUUGCAUCAGUAAAGGAUAGACAGUCAUUUUAAACAGAAAGAUAGUUAUGUUAGCUUCUGCAAAAUUUAACCUAGACUCCAACAUUUAGUAGGGAAAGUUCCUCAGUUGCUUCUGAAUAUGAGUGAUGCAAUGGCUAUUUUACAUAAACUGCAGACGGGCCUGGAUGUUAAUGUGAAAUUCACUGGUGUACGAGUAUUUGAAUACACACCUGAAUGUAUAGUGUUUGACCUUCUUGAUAUUCCCUUGUACCAUGGAUGGUUAGUGGACCCUCAGAUUGCUGACAUAGUGAAAGCAGUUGGCAACUGUAGCUACAAUCAGUUGGUGGAGAAAAUAAUCUCUUGUAAACAGUCAGACAACAGUGAGCUGGUUAGUGAAGGAUUUGUAGCAGAGCAAUUUCUGAACAACACAGCCACUCAGUUGACAUACCAUGGAUUAUGUGAGCUAACUUCAGCAGUUCAAGAAGGAGAACUUUGUGUGUUCUUCAGAAACAACCAUUUUAGCACCAUGACCAAAUAUAAGGGUCAGCUUUACCUGCUGGUGACAGACCAGGGGUUUCUUACAGAAGAAAAAGUUGUUUGGGAAAGUUUACACAACGUAGAUGGUGAUGGGAAUUUCUGUGAUUCUGAAUUUCACCUUCGGCCUCCAUCAGACCCAGAAACUGUAUACAGAGGGCAGCAAGAUCAAAUAGAUCAGGACUAUCUGAUGGCAUUGUCUUUACAACAAGAGCAGCAGAGCCAAGAAAUCAAUUGGGAAGAGAUCCCUGAAGGAAUCAGUGAUCUUGAGCUAGCCAAGAAACUUCAGGAAGAGGAGGAUAGGCGAGCCUCUCAAUACUAUCAGGAACAAGAACAAGCAGCUGCAGCUCAGGUCCAGCAGGUACAAGGAGCAGCUUCUCCAGCAAGCGGAAGACAAUCUGGGAGCAGUGAACGCAAACGAAAAGAACCUCGGGAGAAGGAGAAGGAGAAAGAGAAGGAGAAAGAAAAAGAAAAGAACAGUUGUGUCAUUUUGUAACAGGAGAUGGAUUGUUGCCUGGAGCCAAGUGCACGUCCUCAGAAAAAAGAACAAGGAAUAAAAAGGAAGAUAAACCCGUUACAUGCCGCCUGUGCCUGAUUAUCCCCAUGGAUUUUGUUCCUGCUUAAGGAGAGGAUGGGUGACCACUUUGUUACAAUCGUACAGACUUUUGUCAAAGUCCUAGUGCACGCUCGUCGAGAUGAAAUUCCAAACCACAAUCGGAUGCGGCUGUGCUUUGAGUCAGUCAUGAGAAUAUUGCACCUUGUAGCUGAACACACAUCACAGCAAGUUUUGUGUCAUAGUGACAUGCAUUAUUCAUAAUAUCAGUUAGUAAGCUAUUUCAUCUUUUACUCGACAGAAAGGAAGUAAUAUGUUUUGUGUCAGAUUUCUUCCUGAAGUCUUUACAUCAGCACAACAGAAUCAUGGUUCUUUUCAUGGUAUGAAAUAUAACUUAGACUGGGUAUUAAUGGCACUAGAGCCCAAUGAGCUUCCCAGCACACUGCCUCCUCAACAUGCCCAGAUUCCUCGUGUUCAGGUUCUGGUGUCCCACGUGCAUUCUUUUUCCCAGGAUUACACUGGUUAGUGCUGUCAUUGCACCAUCCAGCCAGCUUUACUUUUGCCCUAUUAGUGGUUUGUCAAAUGUCUUACUGAAAAUUGCGUGUUACAGAAAACCGGAGCAUCUAUUGAUAAGCAAGAUAAAUCUUUAUUAUUACUUCUCUCGCAGUUAAAAACUGGGUAUUGUAACUCAGAACUUAUCAGGGUUGAACAAAUGAUUUUAUAGUUUCUUUUCUUUAGAAUUUUCUCUUAUAGGUAAACUGGACCAGAGAAAUUGUUCUUAUUUAUUGACCUCUUCAUGUGGUAGGUGAUAUGUGGAAGGAAACUAAAAGUCUAUAAUAAUCCUUCUCCUAUGUAGAAAUGCAGAAUUAAAAUAACUAACUUAAUAUCUGCCUUUUUCCAGAAGUACCUUGAACCUUAAGAUGAUAUUAACAUGUUCACUUGUACAUUUAAGCAGGUGUACUGUACACAAAUACCUUUUUUUUUUUUUUUUUUUUUUAAAUCAUGUAUCUGUAAAAAGCACACUUUUGCAGGGUCAGAGAGAGGUUAAAUUGCUCUCUAGGAUUGUUUGGAAAGUCUCACAGGUGUAGUAUCACUUUGUUUUUUAAAUCACUAAUCUAAAGUUUUGGGAAAUGUCUGUAGAAAUAACCAGAUUUUCUAAUUUAUGGGAACCAAAUAAACACAUUGCAUCUUGUAGAAUUUAUAGGAUACAGAAACAAAAUAUUUGCUGAAUUUUAUUAUGAGGGAACCACAAAUCCUCCUCCAUUUCAAUAGGGGAAGUCAGUAAUAAUUACUUUAUUGCUGAUCCUUUUGAUAAACUUUAUAUUUAGCAAUUUGUAGAUACUUUAAAAAGGGCUGCUUGUGCUGGAAAAGUCCUGAUUCGCACACUGUCUGGGUAAGUGCAUUCGCAUAAUUGAGUCUGGAACGGCUUAAAGCAGCCAGCUGGAACAUGACAUUCCUAUUUUUGGAUGUAAGAUGUCUGUCGGGUGCAAUUUUUAAAAAGUCUUGAUUUGAAACAUAGAUUUAUGGGUAAAGAACUGCUUUAAAGUUUUUUUUUUUCAAACAGUAUUGCCAUCCUGAUCAGAACCAGUCAUCACACAAAUCUGUUACAUACUAAAAUAAAAAAGUAGACUGAUAUAAAGUAGGAUUAUUUAUUACAAUAACUGUAUGGACAGUCUGGAUUACUUUUUUCCUCAGCUUUUUCUUUCUAUCCUUUUGUUACACUUUGUUACUACAUUCUUUUUAUUAUACUGAAGUGAUGAAUGGUUAAAGAAGGUCUUUGUUGGACAUUAAAUCUCAGAUACAGAAAUUUCUUGGCAAUUAUAGAUGGAACUAUACUUGGUUAUUAAUACCUAGAUGUACACAGCUAAAAUAACAAUCUGUGUCAAACAGUUGACUUCAUUUCUUUUGCUGAAAUGAACCAUUUCUUUAAAUAAAUUUAUAUUAAUAUUAGGAUGAACAUAAGCUUACUAGAUCUGCUUUUCUUUACACUGAAUGGAAGAUAUCAACGUUGUAUUAUAUUGGAGCAACAAAGGCACCAAACGAGAAUGUUGUUUAAAAAGCAAUGUGUUAGUGAAGGGAUUUUUCCCAUACUUGUGUAUAUCCAUUUAUUUAUUGCCCUUGACAAAUAAACGUGUCAACUUUAA